AUGGUAGCUCAUCUACUCGACGCUACGAACGCCUUCGUAGGCUCAAGAAUUGACAAGGAAAUAUUCAUGGAAAUUCCACAGGGUUUGUAUGACCAUGAAUUUAGUAUGAAUUAUUCAAAGGAUCGUAUCCUACCUCUCGGACCUAGUACAAACCUCUCUGCAGACUCUCAACGCCUUUCAAAAGAUCUGCAUUCAAAGUUCCAAAGAAUUAUUGGACAACUUACAUAUCUAGCUGGUGGAACACGGCCAGAUAUCUAG